AUGAGUUGCAGCGAGAAUAACAGGGGAGUUCGUGACGAGGGGGAAUAUGAGCAAUCGGUUUUGCGGUCUGAGACAACGCAGAAUGGAUCAAUAACAGUGGAACAGCAGUUAACUAUUGAUGAGAAUUUGCUGGUUGACCCGAAAUUGCUUUUUAUUGGGUCGAAAAUCGGCGAGGGAGCACAUGGCAAAGUGUAUGAAGGAAGGUAUGGUGAUCAAAUUGUGGCUAUUAAAGUCCUCCAUCGUGGGAGCACUGUGGAAGAAAGAACUGCACUUGAGAGUCGAUUUGCACGGGAAGUUAAUAUGAUGUCACGUGUUAAACAUGAUAAUCUAGUCAAGUUUAUUGGAGCUUGUAAGGACCCUUUAAUGGUGAUAGUAACAGAGCUGUUACCUGGAAUGUCACUCCGGAAGUAUUUACUCACUAUCCGUCCAAAUCUAUUAGACCUUCACGUGGCUAUAAAUUUUGCUCUUGAUAUUUCUCAUGCCAUGGAAUGUCUUCAUGCCAAUGGGAUUAUACAUAGAGAUCUAAAACCUGACAAUUUGCUGCUUACGGCGAAUCAGAAGUCUGUGAAGCUUGCAGAUUUUGGUCUUGCAAGAGAAGAAUCUGUGACAGAGAUGAUGACUGCAGAAACUGGGACUUAUCGUUGGAUGGCUCCUGAGUUGUAUAGCACCGUGACAUUGCGGCAAGGAGAGAAGAAACAUUACAACAACAAGGUUGACGUCUACAGUUUUGGAAUUGUCCUAUGGGAACUAUUGACCAACCGUAUGCCAUUUGAAGGCAUGUCCAACUUGCAGGCUGCUUAUGCUGCUGCUUUCAAGCAAGAGAGGCCUACUCUUCCUGAAGAUAUUUCCCCUGAGCUUGCCUUCAUCAUACAGUCAUGUUGGGUAGAGGACCCAAACCUGAGGCCAAGCUUUAGCCAGAUCAUCCGCAUGCUUAAUACGUUUCUCUUCACACUCUCACCACCCUCACCAUCAUUACCGGAAUCUGAUACCAAUGAGGCUGAGGCAGCAGCAAGUAGUAAUGGUACCAUGACUGAAUUCUCUGCACGCGCGAGGGGGAAGUUUUCUUUCAUACGCCAGCUCUUCACUGCUAAGAGGACAAAGAACUCACAAUGAGCGGGUGAAGAAAUUGCUUCAUGGUCACUACUGGGCUGGAUUGAGUUGAGUUGAAUGAUCAUGUCUUGUCUGUAUGUAAAUAUCGAAUAUGGACAGAUGUACUUGUGCUUGAAAAGGCAUUGAUGGCCAAUUUUGACUAGUC